UCAAUUUUCCUUUCUCGGAUCUGCAAAAAAAAAAAUAAAAUUGUGAACCAAUUUGACAAAAUCUUGUCUCCCUCAACCUCCAGAACCUUCCCCUCUGCAACAAUCAUUCUCCUUCCUCACAUCUGUAGAAAAGCCAAAAUUUUUAUAUUGAAAACUUCAAUUUUCCUUCCUCAGAUUUGUAACUUCUGGAAUUUCAGUUGGACUUUUCCCUAUUUUCUCCAAAAAAAUUCAAUUUCUUGAUCAACUAAGUGUAAAAUCUUUAAUUAUCGAAUUGAUUUAAGAAAUUCUAAGUUUUCAGAAGAUUACCGAAGGGGAGAGGGAGAUCGAAGUUGCAGAGGUCGAGUAGAAAUGACCGGAGCUUUGUUCUCAAGCAGGUAACAGUAGAUCUGGACUGAAUGUGACCGGAAUCGAGAACAAAGAGCUGGAGAUCAACAAGAAACAGAUUUGAGCAUUACCAACUGAACCGCCUUGAAUCGCAGGGAUCCGGUGCUGGAGAUCAACUGUUACGGCUUCACUUGAACGGUAGAUGAAACAAAAGUAGAGAAAUUGUAAUGUAUGCUGAGAGGUAUGACAACUAGGUGGAAAAGAAAGGCAUGAAGAAGAUUGAAGGUAAAUUGAUUCUGAACUUAGUGAAGUCAGGGUCAAUGAUUGAGGCAAGACUUCUCCUUCAGUUUCUCUCAUCUUAUUGGGCUGCAAUUGCACGUCCCAUUUCUCCAACGACCUAGCGACAUCGGUGGAAAAAUGUGAUCCAAUCGAACUCCUGAAGCUGUUAAAAAGGUACUUGAAUUCCAUUUUGGUUUUCAAGUUUUUGCUUGAUUUUCUAGGUAUUUUUUAUCCUCUAUUUUUUGCAUGUGGGUUUUGCAAAGAUGAAUGAUUGGAUGGUGAAAUUGUUCUUAAAUUAUGUAGAAUUAAUGAAAUUGGGUGUGAUUG